CUGUCGUCCUUUGAAUGAAUGGAAUGGUGUGUCAUGUGUGUCCCUGCCCAACCCCCGUCAGUCAGAUGCAUGUUCGUUCGUUAGUUGAUGUCCCUCACGAGUGAUUGCAGAAACAUACGCAGAUGGAGACAAACCAAGACAGACAGACAGACCGACAAGAAAGGAGAGAUGGAGAGAGAGUUCGGCGCAGUCGAAUGUGUUGCCCUGUGUCACUGAGUGCCGUGUUGUGCCUCGCCAGCCAUGCCCCCACACGCCACUUAAUUGGCUAAAAGGACUGUAAAACACACACACACACGCCCACGCACCCACCCCCCGUUCGUCAUCUAUGAUCCGUCGGCCGGCUAGCUAGCGAAUGGCUGGGCUGCCCCGGGGCAGCUGCCGCGUGUGUGUGUUGCAGUUGGCAAUCUACCUGUGUGGAGGGAGAGAGACCAACAGACACGUGCAGAAACACACGCAUACAUGCGUGUGAAUGUCUGUUUGGCUCACGAGCAGACGGGGCCGUCCAAGACGCGGCACUGCAGGGGCAUGUUGGCGAACUUGGGAUGCGUCUCCAACUGGGGGGGGACAGGGAUGUCCACGCAGUAGCACUUGCGGCCUGUGGCCUUGUCGACGCCGCAGUCAUCUCCCCACUCCUUCCCAUGGCACGAGAUACCUGUAGCACUACCUGCAGACGCACAGACACACACAGGAUGCACGUGUGAGUGGUGCGUAUCACAUAUCCAUCCAGCUGCCUCUGACAGCUGUAACGUGGAUCCAGUGCGUGUGUGCGUCCGUACCUUCUUGAGUGCCUGCGGUGGCCUUGGUACCACCACCUGCCUUGGCGAUCUGGCCCUCCACAUAUGCGAUGGUUGCCGUAGCAGAUGCCGUGUUGUUGCGGGAAGCUGUCAAGGUGGCCAUGCGGUGCAGGAAGGGACGGGCCUUAACCUGGCCCAGGACACCGGCCGACAGAGACUUUGAAGCUGCAUGAGACACACACGCACCGUGACGGAGACGGGCGGUGCUGCCGCCCUUCUCCUUUUCGACACGCACCCAGGUUGGUGGCAUUGAUGCGUUGCUGGUGGGCUUGCGCAGGUUGGCUGACCGACAGGCACAUUACCAGUGCAAUACCGAUAGCCAGGUCCACGCCGACCACGAACGUCUUGGACAGCAUCAUUCGUCUAGGCGUCUCUCGAACGAAGAGAGGAUUCAGGUGUAUCAGGAUCUGAUCAGGAUAGGAUCGAACGAAGAGAGGAUUCAAGGAAUGGCUCAAAGCAGUGGUCAAAUCCGAGACACUCACUCAGAGACGGCAGGGUGGGGCGGUGCGAGCUAAGCGUCCAUUUCCC